UUGGCCAGCGCACCGGAAGUGCUCGCGGGCGCCUCCACCAAGAUGGCGCCGGGGAAGCCUCUGCGCGUGCUGGCCUGCGGGGAUGUGGAAGGGAAGCUGGGCGCCUUGUUCGCCAGAGUCCAGGCGGUGCAGAAGAAGAGCGGAGAAUUCGACCUCCUCUUGUGUGUGGGGAACUUCUUUGGCUCUGCUCAAGACUCAGAGUGGGACGAUUACCAAAGAGGAGCCAAGAAAGCUCCUAUACAGACCUACGUGCUGGGUGCCAACAGCCAUGAAACGGUGUGUCGUUUUCCAGAUGUCAGUGGAUGCGAACUAGCUGAGAACAUCACUUAUCUGGGACGCAAAGGAGUCUUCAGCGGAGCCUCUGGGCUGCAGGUUGCCUACCUCAGUGGGACGGAGUCUGCCGCGGAGCCGGCCCCAGCCCACUGCUUCAGUGCCAAGGACGUGGCCGAUCUCAAGUCCUCCUUGCGGUCCUCCUCCAAGUUCAGAGGUGUGGACAUCUUGCUGACGUCUCCUUGGCCCAAGGCUGUGGAGACUUUUGGGAAUAGUCCUGGAGGCGUGGACACCAAGAGAUGUGGCUCAGGGCUAGUAUCUCUACUAGCCACAAGUCUGAAGCCCAGAUAUCAUUUUGCUGCACUGCAGAAGGUCUAUUAUGAAAGACUUCCUUAUAGAAACCACGCCGUUCUCCAGGAAACGGCCCAGCAUGUCAGCAGGUUCAUUGCCCUAGCCAACGUUGGCAACGCAGACAAGAGGAAGUACCUCUACGCCUUCAGCAUCCUUCCGAUGAGUUCCAUGGAUGCCACGGAGCUGGUCAAACAGCCGCAAGACGCCACUGAGAACCCCUACCGCCGGCCUGGGGGUGGCGAGAGUUGUGCUCACCUGUUGCCAGAUACAAAGGAGGAGCCUCCAUGCCAGUUUUUCUUUGACCUGAGCACCAAGCCGAAAGGGCGGAAGCGGCCCAUGGAAGGGGGGCGCGAGGGGCGGCAGCCCAAACGACCCCCUGGCAAGCCCUCGCUGCCGACGGCCGCCUGCUGGUUCUGCCUGGCGAGCCCAGAAGUGGAGAAGCACCUGGUAGUGAGCAUUGGCACCCACUGCUACCUGGCCCUGGCCAAGGGGGGCUUGUCCCCCGAUCACGUCCUCAUUCUGCCCAUCCGGCACUGUCAGUCGAUGGUGGAGCUCGCCUCGGAGGCGGUGGACGAAGUCGAUCGGUACAAGUCCGCUCUGAAGAAGUUCUUCAGGGCCAAGGGGAAGAGGUGCGUGGCCUACGAGAGGAACUACAGGAGCCAGCACCUUCAGCUUCAGGUGGUUCCAGUACCCCAGGAUUGCUGCACGACCGAAGACCUCAAGGAGGCCUUCAUAGUCCAAGCGGAGGAGCAGCAGAUGGAGUUGCUGGAGAUCCCGGCGCACUCGGCUCUCAAGCAGAUUGUUCAGCCAGGAACGCCGUAUUUUUAUGUUGAGCUGGACAAUGGAGAGAAACUCUUCCAUCGAAUUGGGAAAAACUUUCCCCUGCAGUUUGGAAGGGAGGUUCUGGCCAGCGAGGCCGUCCUGGGCAUGCCCGGCCGGGCCGACUGGAGGAGCUGCCAGGCAGGACGAGAGGAGGAAGCCGCUGCAGCCCAAGCCUUCCGCCAAGCCUUCGAGCCCUUCGACCUCGCCCAGGUGGACUGAGGGCCUAAGCGGGGGCGAGCAGGAUUCGGCCCUGCCCGUCCUUUGCUGUCCCUGUGCAGGAUCCCUCCCUCUCUGCAGCCCUCGGCAUUUGUGCGGGGUGGGUGGGAGUCCCGGUCCCAAGGUGAAGCUGGCUGCUCCCAGGGGGACGUCCUCCCCAGCCCAGCCCUUCUUUCUCUGCUGGCCCCUCCCUGGCCGUGGCGUGUCAUCCCCCUCCCUCCCUCCCUCCCUCCCCCUGCUCUGUCUACUCCCAUUGGUCAGGCCGUGGCUUCUAGCAGAUCUCCAGAAGCGAGAGCUGCUGCUGUUGCUGCUGCUGCUGCCGCCGUCGAUCCCUGCCGGGACCCAUUCAGAGGCUGAGCAGGGGAGCCAUCCUGAGCUGCGGAGGGAGGGCGGAGGGCCAGUUGGCGUCCCUUGGUGUCGGGGGGCAGGCAGAGUACGUGGGUCACAGCAGCGCCCCAAAGUUCUGCCUUCUAGCAGGAGGUGGCAAAGGGAGCAAAGGAAUGCAGUCCCUGCCGGCCAGCUCUCCGAAGGCGGUGCGCUUGAGGGUGGAAAUGCCCAGCCUCCUUGCCCCGCUGUGUGGGGAGGGAUUGCUUCCAGGCAAGCAAAUGGUGUAAGGAGGCUGAGUCCGCAGUGUGGUGCGGUCCUGAGCUUUCUCCGCGGCCCCGGAUUUGGCUAUGUGGAAGACUUGUUGGCAGAAGGACCUGGCAAGGGAGCCUCUGGCGGGCCGAGGAGGGCGUCCUGGGCUUCUGCCGGAAGGGGUGGAAGGGCCGCCAGGCAAGCAGCUGGGUUGGAGGCAGCGUUCCUUGGGGCCAGUCGGGGCAGGAGGGUCUCGCUGCCCGUGCCCUGCCUCUGGUGCUCAGGAGCUGCUCCUUGCUUUUUUAUUGCAAGCUCAAACUUCAGGGCCAGAUGUUGCUUCAGAGGGAAAUGUCUUGGGGAUGUAUAAAGCUGAUCCUACCCAAGAUAGUUCAGGUGCUGUAAAACUUUGUUUUUUAAUGAGAAACAAACGAAUAAAUAAAAGUGUGUUUUGUAUUUUAAAAA